AUGGAGCAGUUUGGGAAAUGUGUUGGAUUUGAUGCCAGAGGAUUGCUGGAAAAGAUAAGGCUAUACUUAACAAGGAAACCAUUGCCUUCUUUGGAAGAAAGAAAGAAGUUUGACCAUGAGUUUGCCAUGUCCACUUCAUUCCAUGGGGUGCACAAUAUUGUCCAAACCCGGAGCAAGAUACGAAAGGUCCUGUGGAUGUUAGUGGUCCUGGGCUCUAUCAUCAUCGUCGCUUGGCAAAUAUGGAAUCGAUUCACCAAUUAUUUCAGCUGGCCAACCACAACUUCAAUAGUAGUUCAGUAUGUGGAAAACAUUGAGUUUCCUGCUGUGACCUUUUGUAACUUGAACAGAUUCCAAGCCCAUGCAGUAGCCAACCUCAGUAUUAUUUUUUUCCUUUGGAGCAUUGUGUCUGGAGUUCUUCAUGCAUUUGAUAUUGACAACAAGUUCUCUCAAGAGCUAAAAGAUUUCCUUCAGGGAAACCAAAACUUCAGCAUUAAAGAGUUUACAAGGAAUAAUGGCUUUUAUCUCAACAGCAGCACUUUGCUAGAAUGUGAUUUUUUUGGGCAACCAUGUUACCCGGAGGAUUUUGAACAUGUCUUUACUGAAUAUGGAAACUGCUUUACUUUUAAUCACAUGGAUCUUCCAGCAAGGAGAAGAGUGAGUGUUUCUGGAAGAGGCUUAAGUUUACUUUUUGAUAUCAAACAGGCACAAUUCACUGAUGACCCUACCUUUGGCUUUAUUGAUGCUGGGAUAACCUAUGUUAUCCAUUCACCUAAAGAACCUCCACGUUUUGAUGGUUUAGGCUUAUCAACACCAGUAGGUAUGCAUGCACACGCUGCAAUCAGCCAGCUGAAGACAGUUAUCCAAGAAUACCCUUGGGGAGAAUGCAAUCCUAACAUCAAACUUCAGCACCACAAGAUCUACAGCACCUAUGGAUGUUUGCAGGAAUGUAAGGCCAGGCACAUACAGGACAAGUGUGGAUGUUUGCCAUUUCUACUUCCAGGAAACGGAACAGAAUGUGACCUACAAAAAUUCUACAGUUGUGUUUCUCCUGCACUCUAUAACAUAGAACUAAUGGGACUAUGUACGGUAGGAACCCACAAUUCUACUUGUCCUGUGCCUUGUGAAGAAACAGAUUAUCCCACCACUGUCACCUAUUCAAGUUUUGCGAGUGAAAAAGCCUUAAAAUUCUUUUCCACAAAGCUGAAGAGAAGUCUAGAGUAUAUCAGGGAGAAUCUUGUGUAUAUUGACAUUAAAUAUCACGAUCUGAACUAAAAAAUGACUCGGCAGCAGAAAGCCCGGAGUGUGUCCGAGUUGCUUGCUGACGUUGGUGGCCAACUUGGUUUGUUUUGUGGAGCCAGUAUGAUUACAAUCAUAGAAAUUGUUGAGUAUGUUUUCACCAACUUCUGUUGGCUGUGCAUCUUUCUUCUACUGAAAGCACCAGAAAUGCCCCAGUGGAAUAUUCCAGCUCAGAAUGAGCAGACAGACAAGGAGGGAAUACAAGAAUGCUAAUGGCUUGUCAAGGCACAAAGCCUCACAGUCUCCUGUAACUUGCCUUCAUUUUGAAGAUAUUAUGAGAAAAUUGAUAUUUAACCUCAACUGGUUUUCCCCACUUAACAGCUAUAAAUAAUGCAACAAUGGAAUUCUAAACAAUAGUCAUUGGAAAGACUGUUUUUUUCUCUUAUGAUGACAAAUAUAAUCUUUAUCUAACCCAAUAUAAUUUUUAGUGGCUGCGCAAAUGGUUUAUGCUGGCAUGUAACACUAUUGCAUGUAUGACACAGAGUUGAAGACUCCUGCAAUUUGGGUAAGCUAAAUUAAUGGUCUCACUCUCAAACAAAUCUUCCUAAUAAUUAUUAUUACAGAAGUGAUGAUACAGUGCUAAAGAAGAGGGUAUCCCCACUGACCACAGGAUUUUUUGCUGCAGUCCACCUGCAAUUAUAAUUCCUAUUAAGUCUAUGGAAGUUUUGCCAUGGAACUAGCUCAAUGGAAUUAGGAGUUGGCCCCUAAUGCAUAACAAGAUUUAAAUUAGGGUGUGUCAGUCCCAAAUUAGAUAAAUAAAUAAAAGGCUAUGGGUCAGCCUACCACAGUGCUUGGAAAGGCAAGAAUACCUUGGCAUUUGCCCUUAAUGAGAAUGAGAGAUGGAAAAGGAUAACCAAAACUUGACAUUCUUGGUCUCCUUAAACACAGCUGGUAGUAAGCAUGUGACUUUUUAUAUUGAAAAAAGUAUUAAAAAGUUAUAAUUAAACUACUGUAACGGUUACUCACUGUUACUUAAUUACUUAUCUCACAUACUUAUUUCCACUAAUAACAGACUCAGUCAAUACAGUAAAUGAAGAGACUUCAAGGUGACUUAAUGAAGUUUCCAAAAUUAUUAAACAGAUUGAUGAGGAUUGAGGUCGUGAUCCAAGUGCUGUGGAAAUCAAUAGAAAGAGCCCAAUUGUUUUGGACUUGGAUCAGACCCUAACUGUACAUACUUGUGAAAGAUUCAAAAUCUUGUUGCCACAGUUAAAAAACUAAGUGCAAAUAAGAGUUCUCUGCCAGAACUACUUCAUGCAUAAGGUAGUCAAGAUGGAAUAAGCUACCGGAGAAACUUAUGAUGGAAGCAAAAUGUAAGUGGACAAAACAAAAACUUUGAUAGCAGAAAUCUUAAAGUUAUGUUUACUAAGGUGUGUUACAGUUUAAAAAACCUGUAACCAUUUAAAAAUUAUGGAAACGAACAGGGAAAGCCUGUAUUUAUAAUAACCAGAGCUUCAGACAUUUUUGAAGGCAUAGGACCAUAUUUUGCCCUGAUUUAAACUCUCAAUUACCCCACUGAAAUCAGUGAAUUUGGUCUCCUAAUACAAAUGAAAAUGUGGAAUUUGGACAGGAUAGUGAUGAGCCAUUUUUAAAGUAGAGACAAACUGAAAUUUUUAGUCAACAUUUCAAAAUCAGUCAUUUCUUUUUAAGCAUCUUGUUAUUAAAAAUUAGUUUGACCUAUUUUCUUGAAACCUUACAGACAAUUCUCCUCAGCUUUCAGAGUGAAUUCUGGCACUUUUCAGGCCUAACCAGCUUUGCUAGCCAAAAGUCCCAUAGAGGUUAAAUUGGGCUUAUAAUUAAACCUGGUAGUAACACGAUGAAAUCAUAACCUUUAAGGCACUGAUCUGCAUGAUUUCUGAUCACUACAAAAAUUAUAAGCCCCUAUGAAUAGUCCACAAAGUGUAUUCCUCUAUUCACUUUGUGGCAUGUCAAUAUGAUAUGUAUAGUACCAUUUACGCUGUGCCACUCUGAGCAGCCACACAGUACUGCAUGACUGGCAAAUUCAGAUAAUUUCUCCAUAGUUUAAUAUUACAUUGCAGAAGCAAAGCGGAUACUAUCUUUCCCCAAGGAAGUAAUAAUGUAAAGUAGUAAUCUAUGAUUCACGCAAGCUGUCAGAUAAAAUUAAGUUAUGAAUUAAUAAAAUUCCAUCAGUGGGCAAUGACAGACCUAGCACUUCUUUCUGUGACUCCACUUUAAGCCCUGAGAUAACGAACAUUUCUGCUCUCAAAAAAGAGAAAAUGCCUAAAUUUUAUUUCUCAGUAAGGAGGAGUUUGAGUGAAUUUAAGGUCAGCAUAUACAUUGGUGCAUAAAACAGCUAAGGGCAUUGCUUGCUGGGAAAACUUUUUUCCUGAUAUAUCAAAUUUGUUAAUAUCCGAGAAACAGUAAGAAGAAAUUUCUGUCCUGGAGGAGGGGGGGGGGGGGAAGAGCCUGUCUUGUCAUAUAGUGGAGCAAAAAAGCCAGCAAGAUCCCACAUUAUUUUCUAAGGGAAGUAUAAUUGCUGUAAGACAAGACCUUUACUUUGUGAAAUCAUGAUAUUAGAGAACUUAACCCCAACUCCAGUUAUGUGCCCAUCAUCUCUUUUAAAAAAAUAAAAAUCUCAUACUAUAGCAUUCAAUUUUGCUUCUGAUACUUAUAACAGGACUUAACGCUGAAUAUCCAAACAGAAAGGAAAGAGUGAUUGAACAUAAUGAUCCAGCACAAUAUAAUACUAAAUAGAGCAAGGUGUUUUGUAAGUGGUGCAAUGAUUUUCCUUUGGUGCUCCUAAUAAGCACCAGACUAAACAAUUAGUAUAGCUUUGCUGUGUGGAAAGUUAGCAGGUAGCUCCUUUUCAAGUGAGUGAAAAACAGGACAAACGAUAUGUAAAGAUUAAAAAGAAAACAAGUCUGACAUGGAGGUUAAAAUGAGAACAACCCGAAGCACUGGACAAAAUUUACCUAAGGCCUGGUCUACACUAGGAGGUUAUGUCGAAUUUAGCAGCGUUAA